AAGGGCAUUUGUGAAAAAACGGAUGAACAUGCAAGACCUGUACGUGGAGGUGAGAAGGGAGAGAUAUAUGGUUCGCAUGUUUAACUAUGUCCUCUUCAAGAUAGAGCAGAGGUCGGAGGAGGAGUGGAAUGACAAGUUCUUCAUUGGCUAUGAUACCAUAAUGAGGCGGUUUGCACCACGAGGGUUGACGACAGAGAAAUGGGAAGAAACCAAGUCCAAGAUCGUAGCAAAGAAGACUAUUAAUAUCCCGAAACGAUUGGGCGGCGUGGAUGAGGCAAAACUAGGAAAAGGUAAUAUCGGAGGGCACAAGGUGACGACUGCAAUAUAUAUGGAGCGUCCGUACUUCCUCAAGCUUUUCGUGCAUGAGAUUUUUGGCGCAGUUGACCAAUUGAGGGACGAGCUGAGACAGAUCAGCUCAAAUGCUCAGCACAUAAUGUGGGACAAGCGCAAAGAUCACACGACGUAUCUUCCUGUCUGCAUCACACCUAUGGACGCACUGCACCCGACAGAAGAUUUGACUCGUGUCGUGAGAAAGCUGAACUGUCACCUUGCAGUAUUGGACUUGGCUCCAUUGAAGAAUCUCGACGCAUGGAACGACCUAAGGUUUCAGGAGCUCCGCCAAAUGAUGACGGUGUUGUGCGGGUCGCAUUGGGCGCUAAUCGUAUUCAGCGCAUUGAAAGUCGAGGAAACCGUGUUGAGGAACGUCUUACGUGGGACGGUGAAGCGAGACAAACUUGAUGCCAAGGUUUACUGCGAGGUAAUGGAGUUUGGGAAGCAGUUUGACAUUAUGGACAGUGAGGAGGAGACGGAGGAUGAGGAGAUUGACCUGCCAUUGGCGGAUGCGCAUCACAAUGCAGUGAGAGAGGAAACGCCUUCGCUGUCCGCUUCGGGUGGUGAACAAGCGAUGGAGGAAGAUGUUGGCGGCAAUAUCGCGAAAAUCGAGUCCGUCAUAUGGUCUGUGGACAACCAUGCAAUGGGCUGCAUGUUCGACAGCGACAUACUUCAAGGAUGCAGUCAAGGCCUUGAGGGACACACGGGUGCAAGGAAGAACAUCGAUUCAGCAACAGCAAGAGGUGAAGGCGAGAGAGUGGCAGACAAGGAAGCGCAUAUCAGGAUGCAAAACACAAAUGGAGAUGAGUUCGCAGAGCGUCCAUCGAGCACACCGCAACCAACACUUAGACCGUCAGAAGGCAUCAGUGCAGUAGGAGCUAGAAGUGAGACAACACCAACAGCAGGCGGGGAAGUUAUUGCACACGUGCAUGGCGACGACGGGAAGGACGAAAAGAUUGAAGAGGACCAGGGACAGAAAGCACUAGACGAAGAAGGGUCAAAAUUUCAGGCACAUGAGGGAGUGGAAGUGGUGGCAAGGAAUGUCGAUUCGCAUUCCAAGCAGUCGCAUACGACUGCCAUCACUGCACAUGCGCAAGGCACCGUCGAAGCCACCAGGGAGCAAAGUGCGCAUGAGAAAGAAGGGAGGAAAGGACCAGUGCACAUGGAAUGCACUGAUCCAGGAACGCAAAUAGUUUCAGAGUCAACAAUGGCAGAAAUGAGACCUGAUUUGGAGGGUGUCAAUGCGGCAGAGCAUGAAAAGGUUCCAAGCACGGCAAACAGGGAGAGAGGGGUGGAAAACGAGAAAGAAGAGGAGGCGGACAAGAGUCAAAGUGUGAUCAACUUGGUGGACCAGUCAGGUGAGAACGAAGAAACGUCUGACAAGGAAGAAGUAAAAGAGUCGGGAGAGGAGUUUCAAGAAAGAGAGCGUGAUUUGAGCGAAGCGAGUGAGGGAAUAUGCGGUAGAAAAAGAAAAGCAGGCAAGGAAAAAGAGGAAUGCAUAAUGCGACGUUCAAAAAGAGGCAGGGAGAAGAAAGCACAUUGCAACUUGUAGUACAAGUGUGUACAUGGGUGUCUGCCUGCAUUCACAGUCGACGGUAGUUGUGUGUGUGUGUGUGUGUGUAUGUGUGUGUGUGUGUGUGUAUGUGUAUGUGUAUGUGCGUGUGUGUGUUACAUCACCGGUGAGGAUGAGAUUUUAGAGUAUGAAACGAUGAGUGAGAGACGUGAUUUAUAUGUCGCUUGUGUCGGUCAAGUACGUAUUACAUUUUCAGUACACUUUAAGUUUUUGACAUGUAAAUGAAAGCGUGGAAUGCAC